CAGUCGGCAAAAGUAUCCGAAGCCAGAAGGUUUUUUCACAAUUUACCUUCGGGGAAAUUUAUACAGUGAUAUAAAUUCCAUGAACAUAAAUUUUCAUAAAUAAUGUGAAUAUGUUAGCAUUUAGAAACUCUCUAGAGCAUGAAGAUAUAUUGCAGCAUUCUACCUAUUGAUAUUAUACAAGCAGCAUGAUUAGACUAAAAAAACAAUUUUCCUAUAAAUCAUUUUUUUCUGUUUUGAGAAAUGAAUUGAGUACAUCCAGUGUAAAGGAACCACGACCAUUUAAUGAAAUACCAGGACCAAAGCCGAUUCCUGUUCUUGGUACAUUAUGGAUGUACUGGCCUAUUAUAGGCAAAUAUCGAUGGUCUGCCCUUCAUCAUACUGGUAUGAAGAAGUAUAAAACAUGGGGUUCUUUAAUCCGUGAACCUGUUGCACCUGGUGUAACCUUACUGUGGGUUUAUGAGCCUGAUGAUAUUGCUACUAUUUUGAGGGACGAAGGACAAAACUUUUUUCCUGAACGUAGAAGUCAUUUAGCUUUACAAAAGUUUCGUGAGGACCGUCCUCAUGUUUACAAUAGUGGUGGAUUACUUCCAACCAAUGGAGCAGAGUGGUGGAAACUACGCAGUGAGUUUCAGAAAGGUUUAAGUGCGCCACAUUGUGCUCGCCAAUUUUUUAAAUCUGCUGAUCAAAUUACUUCAGAAUUUUGUCAUCAUAUCAAUGAAAUAGCUUCAGAUUGCAAGGACUUUUUACCAGAGAUAUCCAGAUUAAACUUGGAAUUGGUAUGUUAUAUGGCCUUUGAUACUCGCAUGAACAGUUUUUCUAAAGAAGAAUUAGAUUCUCAUUCACGUAGUUCAAGGUUGAUAAAAGCUGCAGAAGAUACUAAUAGUUGUAUACUUGGAACUGACCAAGGCAUUGGUUUAUGGAAAUUUAUUCCCACAUUGAAAUAUAAGAAACUUGAAAGGGCUCAAAAAUAUAUGGAAAGUGUUGCUGUUGAUUUAGUAUCUCAAAAAUUUUCUUAUUAUACAGAUGCUACAGCAGCUGAAUCAGGCUCUAAAUCCCUAUUAGAAAAUUAUAUAUAUAAUCCAAAACUUGAUUUUCGGGACAUUAUUGGAAUGGCUGCAGAUCUCUUAUUAGCAGGUGUUGAUACGACAUCUUAUGCUACUAGUUUUGCUCUUUACCAUUUGGCUAUAAAUCCUCAUGUGCAGGAAAAACUAUAUGAAGAAUCCCUCAAAAUUCUGGAGACUAAAAAUUCUCCAAUGACACUUGAAUCAUUUCAAAAUGCUUCUUAUGCACGUGCUGUGUUAAAAGAAUCUCUUAGAUUAAAUCCUAUAUCUGUAGGUGUAGGAAGAAUAAUUAAGAAAGAUACUAUAUUGUCCGGUUACCACAUCCCUGCCGGUACUGUUGCUGUUACACAAAAUCAAGUAAUAUGUCGUCUAGAGAAAAAUUUUCCAGAAGCUGACAAGUUUUUGCCAGAAAGAUGGUUAAAAUCAAAUAAGAGUGUUUCAAGAAUGAGGAAUAAAGAUUCACAGAAUUUCACUAAUGAAAUAAAUAAAUUUGACAUUAAAGAUACAUUCCAAGUACCUCAUCCGUUUUUAUCACUUCCAUUUGGAUAUGGAAUGAGAUCCUGUGUGGCUAGAAGAUUUGCUGAACAAAAUAUUCAAGUGCUUCUAUUACGGUUAAUCAGAAAUUUCGAAAUCAGUUGGGGUGGAACAACAUUAGAUUCGAAGACCUUCCUAAUUAAUAAACCCGAUCAACCACUAAAUUUCAAAUUUCGGCUGCGAUCUAAUUGAAAUUAAAGUUUGGUUACACAUAUAUUGUCUCAUACCUUCUGAGGUUUUAUUGUUUUGACUUUUAUUCUGAUCUAAAUAAAGGACCUUGCUAUACAUUGCAUUUAUUAUAAUUUCACCA